AUGAACCACUUGUUUGCCAUUUAUUGCAAAUGCGAUACUAAUGUCACCGAAGAAGACAAACAACUCACCACUGCUUUCACGGAUCAGUUGAAGACAUUAAGAGCUAUUCACCAAAAGAAGACAAUAAACAAUGAGAACCCGAUGUCUAUUAGCGAUGUGACAGAUGGCGAGCAAACGAGUCGAUCAUAUGAUCACAAAAGACACCGAAAGACACCGAAAGAAGACAAUGAAGACUCAGACGAGACAUAUGUCGACAAUAAACACAAAAAGUUGUUGGAGAAGAAGCCGAAGACAACGAUAGCGUCGAUGAAAAUUAAAUUCAAAGCAAACAAAACGAAAGUCGAGGCAAAAAGUCUUCAAAAGGUGAUCAAUCGGUUGACCAAAAAGGCCAACAAUAGCGGCACUGAUCGGCCGUUUCGGUGCCAAUACGAGGACUGCGAGGCGGGCUUUCGCUCCUUAUCUCAUCUCAACCGACACGUGACCAAAAUCCACGGCAAUCCGGCGGCCGAAGCCGUACGCCAACAGCGGCUGCAGAAACAGCAGUGUUUCGAUGCCAUCACUCAGUCAUACGUGUGUCCGCACGCAGAAUGCGGCGGCAAAUCUUACGACACGAACACCAAGUUUAGCCAUCACUUGCGUGUCGUCCACACAUCGGUUCGGUAUCCGUGCGGACACGACGGUUGCGAUAAGUCGUUCAAAACGCCCAAACACUUGGACACACACCGGGCGACACACAGCCCGGAUAAGUCCUACCGGUGCGAACAUCCCGGCUGUUCAUUCACGGCGUCGCUCCACAAGUAUCUCCAGCAACACUCUGUCAUUCAUUUGGCCGAUCGGCCCGUCUAUCGGUGCUUUGACACGGAAUGUGCGAUAGAGCUACAACACGCCGGCCGGCCUCAGACAGCACGUGAACAACGAGCACAGGUCAACCGAUAUGGCCCGACGGCACCGGUGUUCGCACCCCAACUGCGACCGCAGUUACGUGACUCGUCAGCGAGCCAUAUGGCCAGCCAUAGCGCCGAACCUACUCUACGGUGCGGUCGCUGUCAGGAGCUGUUCCACACGGAGUGGUAUCUGACGAAACACGUGAACACUGUUCACCUCAACAAACCCAUGGUUCAGGGCUUUAAGCCGAUCUACCCGUGCGAAUGGCCCGGUUGUGACUAUAAGGGCACGCGAACGGCGCUCCGCAAUCACCGUAAUCUUCAUACGGGCGACAAACCAUUCGCCUGCGAUUGGCCCGAAUGCGACAAACGGUUCCGACUGGCGGCCACUCUUCGCGACCACAAGAAUAUACAUUACAAUCUGCGGCCGUACGCCUGCCAUUGGCCGGGCUGUCAGUACAGCUGCAGUAAUAGCGGCAAUUUGGCCAAACAUGUCAAGCAAUCGCACCCAAAUGAAGUGUCGGUCCCUAAGAACCACUUGUUUGCCAUUUAUUGCAAAUGCGAUACUCAUGUCACCGAAGAAGACAAAGAACUUACAACUGCUUUAUUGGAUCAGUUGAAGACAAUCAUCGCAAUCAACCAAAAGAAAAAAUCACUCAAUGAUAACCCGAUAUCUCUUAUCGAUGUGACAGAUGGCCAGCAAACGAGUCGAUCAUAUAAUCACAGAAACGCGAUACGAAAGACACCCGAAGAAGACAGUGAAGACUCGGACGAGACAUAUGUCGACAACAAUCAGAAGAGAUCUAAGAAGAAGACAAUCGAAACCAAAGUUGAGAGAAAAAGCAAUAAAAAACGCAAACAUUUGGCUAAAGAGACGACAAAUACAGCCUCCAGUCGGCCGUCGCGAUCGUCAGCGACGGCCACCGGACGGACACAAUACCUGUGCCGACACUCGGGUUGCGGCCAAUCAUACGACCGGAUGUCACACAUGCGCCGGCAUUACAUCAGUCACAUGACUGACCGGCCGUUUCGGUGCGAAUACGAGGAUUGCGACGCCGUUUACGACUACAAGUAUCUUCUCGGCCAACACGUGACCAAAACGCACGGCAACCCCGCGGCCGAAGCCCUGCGUCGGCGACGGUUGGAAAACGAGCAGUGUUUCGAUGCCAUCGUCGAGGCCUACGUGUGUCCGCACGCCGUUUGCGGCGGCAAAUCAUACGACACGCGCACGAAGUUUACGGGACACUUGCGUAUCGCUCACCCGUCGGUUGAGCACCGGUGCGAACGCGACGGCUGUCACAAGACAUUCAAAUCGCGCACAAAACUCCUGAAGCACGAGAUGACCCACCAGUCGAUGAAGCCCUACCGGUGUCCACACCCGGGCUGUACGUACGCCACGGCCGACAAAGACAAUCUCAAUCGGCAACACAUGAUCAUUCAUUCGGCCGAUCGGCCCGUCUAUGCGUGCGAAGAGAUCGAUUGCCCGAAGACUUUCCGUACGGCACAGGGGCUCAGGAAUCACGUGACCGCAGAGCACAGCGGUCUCGAGCGCCAACAGUUCCCGUGUUCGCACCCCAACUGCGAUCGGGUGUACGCCUCCGGUCAGCGGCUGAAGGUUCACAUGGCCUCACAUUUAGCCGAACCGACGCUACCGUGCGGUCGGUGUUCAGAGCUGUUCCGCACCGAUUGGGAGCGCGAGAAACACAUUAAGACGGUUCACCUCAACAAACCGCUGUACUCGGCCUCCAAGAAGGACUACGCGUGCGAAUGGCCCGGAUGUGACUACAAGGGCUCCCGACGCGCGGUUGCCAAUCACCGCACACUUCAUACGGGAGACAAGCCGUACACCUGUGAUUGGCCCGAAUGCGGCAAACGGUUCCGUUUGGAGGCCAAUCUUAAGGACCACAAGAAUAUACAUUACAAUCUGCGGCCGUACGCCUGCCAUUGGCCGGGCUGUAGCUAUAGGUGUAGUAAUAGCGGCAAUUUGGCCAAUCAUCUCAAGAAAUCGCAUCCAAACAAAUGA